GCCCGGGGUCAUCGAGGGCCCCUGUGCGGGCCCGACGGUUGGAAAACGACCUCCGCUUCUCCCCGAGGAGCGGGGCUGGGCCUGGUUGUGGGGACGGCCGGGGGCUCCCGAAAAAGGCGAUUGAACCUGGUGACGUACUGUAUUGAACUUGUAAAACGAACCUGCUGGCCGUGGAUCCAAUCGAGUCAGUAGGGUUUUUUUUAUUCUAAAGUGCAAUUAGAGGUCCACAAGUAAUUCAGAAGAAGCAACUUCUAACAAAAUGACACAGCAGUUUAAAUCAAAGAGUAAUGACGGCAAGCCUCUAUACGACUGUUUAAGAGGCCCUCGAACAAAUCCCAAUUCCAUGUUUCCAUAUGGAAAUAAGGCAACUGGAAUGUUCAACAGAAAAUUUUUUUGUGAACAAGCCAAACAGCAUUUGGCUAAGCGUGGAGGUGGCUCAGGAUCGUCAAACCCCACUUCCCACAGUGGAAUGAUAAGCAGCAUUACAAAAGGAAACUCAUCAUUAAGUGUUGGGAAGAGUUUAACAACCAAAGAAGAUAUUAGUACUAACUUGUCUCCAGCACAAUCAAAAGAGAUUCAGAAAUUCAGUGGGAAUCCUUUGUCUUUGUGCUAUGAUUCAAGACUAUUUAACUCAUCAGUACCAUCUAAAUCAACUACUUGCCAUCAGUGUGGCCUUUAUGGAUCACUGAGAUGCUCACAGUGUAAACAAACAUAUUACUGUUCUGCAGCAUGCCAGAGGGAAGAUUGGUCAGCACACAACAUUGUAUGCAAACCAGUUAAUAAGCAAAAUUUCCAUAAGCCUGAAGAUGUAAGCAACUUACCGGCUGAAAUUAAAACAAUGGAAAUGAAAAGAGAGGCAAACUUUCCUCUUGAAACUACAACUAAAGUAGUGGGUCUUGGCAAGAAAAUAAUGUUUUCAGACUUGCCAAAUCUAGGGCUCAGGAAGACCAUGGAAAUUCAGGGAACUGUUACAGAAUUCAAGCACCCAGGUGAAUUUUACCUGCAGAUCUAUUCUUCAGCAGUUGUAGAAUAUAUUGGAAAACUUUCGGUGAGCUUGAGAGAAACAUACACAAAUACGGCAAUUCAAGAAGAAUACAUUCCUAUUAAAGGAGAAGUCUGCGUUGCGAAGUAUUUUGUAGAUCAGACCUGGAACAGAAUAAUAGUACAAGAUGUUGAUGUACCUCAGGGAAAAGCCCAAGUGUUGUAUAUUGAUUUUGGAAAUAGUGAAGUCAUCCCAUUCAGUAGACUUCAGCAGUUGAAAACAAAUAUUGAACUCUUUCCUCCUUGUGCCAUAAAGUGUUGUGUCGCCAAUGUUAUUCCAGCGGCAGGAGGUUGGACUAACGAUUGCAUCAGUACAGUAAAACCACUGAUAGGUGAACAAUAUUGUUCUGGGAAAAUUCUCGACAUACUGCAAGAAGAGAUGAUCUCUUUUGCAGUGGAUAUUGUCCUUCCGGUUUCUGGAAAACACCUAGAUUGUGUGCUUGUGGAAUUGGGGCAUGGCUUGAGACUAAAAGAGCAAAUUAUCAAGUCAGAAAAUUCAAAUGAAAGUUAUUUUGAAGCUAUCAGGAAUAAAUCUGGUGAAGAAGAGAAAUCAAUUGAGCAAAGAAAUAACCUGAAGAUGUUGUCUUUGAAUAUAGGAGAAGAGUUUUCAGCUGCUGUUGCUCACAUUUCAAGUCCAGAUGUUUUCUUCUGUCAAUAUCUGAAAAAUGGCAGUCAGCUUUGUGAGCUUCAGUUAUCCUUAAAUGAGCACUGUGGUAGAUUGCCUGCUCACUCUGACUUUCAUCCAGCUGUUGGAAGUGUUUGCUGUGCUCAGUACACAGAGGACAAUCAGUGGUAUCGGGCAUCACUUCUGGCCUAUAUCUCUGAAGAUUCUGCUGUAGUUGGCUAUGUAGACUACGGAAACUUUGAAAUUGUGAACUUGAGUAGACUUCGCCCUAUGUCACCUCAUUUAUUGAAGUUGCCAGUUCAAUCUAUAAGGUGUUCCUUAGCAGGAGUGAAAUCACCAUCACAAACCUGGACUCUGGAGGCCAUUUCAGUGAUGAAAAAACUAGUACAAAAUAAAAUGAUCACAGUGAAGGUAGUGGAUAAGAAAGAUAAUAGUUCUCUGGUGGAACUUAUGAAUACAUCUGUAAACCCCAGUAUAAGUAUAAAUAAAUGUCUCAUAGACGCAGGCAUUGCUGUUGAGGAUGGCAACCUAUUGACGACAGACAAAGCUGUUAACGUCAAGGACGUGAGCGCCAUGCUAACUGUAGAAGAAUCACUAAAUAAAACUGAGUGGACCAAGGUUGAAUUAGCUGUCAACCAAGUAGUGGAUGUACUGGUGUGUAUGGUAUAUAAUCCUGGAGAAUUCUAUUGUCAAAUACUUAAAGAAGAUGCUAUGUAUAGGCUAAAUGAACUGAACAAAUCUUUAGCAAAACACUGCCAGCAAAGCUCACCUUACUUUCUAAAACCAACAGUGGGAGAACCAUGCUGUGCUUUUUUUCUAGGUGAUUAUAAUUGGUAUCGAGCCUUAGUAAAGGAAAUCUUACCAAAUGGUUACAUUAAAGUACAUUUUGUGGAUUAUGGAAAUGUUGAGGAAGUGAAAUUAGAUAAGCUUCGACAAAUCUCUGCUGAAUUCUUAAGGCUUCCAUUUCAAGGAAUCCAGUGCUGGUUAUCAGAUGUAAAGCCAAUAAGGAAAGAGUGGACAAAGGAAGCCACAGAAAGAUUUCGGAUGUGUGUUGCAGGGAUAAAACUUCAAGCCAGAGUACUUGAUAUCAGAGACAGGGGUGCUGGAUUACAACUCACCGAUCUUUCGACAGAUCAUCCCAAAAUAAUUAAUGACAUAUUAAUUAGUGAAAAUUUGGCUUUAAGAGAAGGGCCACCAAGUAGAGGCAAUUGCAAUAACAAUCCUAUUAGAAAAAUGAAUUCCCAUAUUGAUAGUAAAAUUCAAGCCACUUCAUCUCCUCAUCUGUGGAAAACAAUAGAAUUUCCUGUGAAUUCAAGUGUUCCAGUGCAUAUAGUGGAAGUAAUAAACCCAAACUUGUUUUAUGCUUUUCCAAUCAAUAACAAAGUAGACCAAGGGAAGUUACAAAGGAUGACAAUGGAAUUAUUAGAACAUUGCAACUCUCAGAAAAAUAGAACCUCCUUUACACCACGUAUUGGAGGUGCUUGCUGUGCCAGAUUUUUAUGUGAUAACUACUGGUACCGAGCUAUUGUUCUGGAUAUCUUUAAUUCUGAGGUGAAGGUUGUAUAUGUAGAUUAUGGAAAUAUUGAAACUCUGCCCUUUUCUAGGGUACUGCCUAUUAGCGCAAGCUUACUGGAACUUCCUUUUCAAAUAAUUAGGUGUUCAUUUGAAGGAAUAAUGCAGUUGCCUGCUCUAUUAGUUAAAGAUCAGUUAAAAAAACUAAUGCUGAAUCAGCGAGUCCUGAUCACAAUAAAAGGGAUCCAUGAGAAUGUCCAUGCGGUGUCUGUUUUGAGGCAGUCUGAAAAUGGUACCCUAAAUAUAGCUGAUAUAUUGGUCUUGGAAGGCUUGGCAAAACCCAUCAAAAAUCACAACCAAGGUGUUUUUGAUAAAGAAGAGAGUCACCAGAUAAACUGCUGUUGCCUAGAGUUACAAAAGAAAGUGGAAAAACAUGAACAGAUCCUUCUCUUUCUUUUAAAUAAGUCAGUAGACCAAGAUAAAUUUACUGAAAUGAAAAGGUGGUUUAACAUGUAAAUCUGUUUAACUUGACAGUAAUAUACUUUUGAAGAUAUAUACCACAGUUAUUAUUAUUAUAUAUUAAUGAUAGCAUUUUGGAUUCGUAAUUUACUGUUGGUAUUUGGUUCUUUGUGAAUGUGUCUAAUUGGAAAAUACCGUAGGAUUGCUUUGUUCAUGGAGUCCUUUAAAUGGUAUCCAUUUAGGAGUAAAGCCUCUUGAGAUUAGCCUAGGGUUGUUGCUGGUUUAUUUUAUUUUUUAUUUUAUCUUAUACUCUUAUUACUCUGAAGUGAUGACUAAUAAAAUAUCUACAAAAAGGUUGUUUAGCAUCAGAAUGUGUGGAUGUAUUUGUGAAUCAAACAGCUUAUCAUCAAUUCUGUAUAUCUUAUUUUAGAAUUCUCAUGCAGUUAUUUCCAUGAACACAUAAGCAGUUUAGCUGUACCAGGAUACUUUAAAAAUUAUCCUAAGGCUGUAGUCACACCACACUUUUGUGCCUUUGUAUUGUUUAAAAACCAGCAAGUUCUGAAGCUCUGAAUAUUAAUACAAUUGGUUCAUGUAAAUAAAGUUAAGAAUUUUGUGCCUUCA